CCUUUAGGGAAAGGGAAACAGCUGCAGGGAGCACUCGGGACCUGCCUUCAGUGAACCAUGGGGCUCAGUGAUCAGGAAUGGCAGCAGGUCCUGACCAUCUGGGGAAAGGUGGAGUCCGACCUCCCUGGCCAUGGGCAUGCAGUUUUAAUGAGACUCUUUCAAGACCACCCUGAGACCUUGGAUCGCUUUGAAAAGUUCAAAGGCCUGAAGACCCCUGAUCAGAUGAAGGGCUCUGAAGAUCUGAAGAAACAUGGAGUUACCGUCCUUACCCAGCUGGGCAAAAUCCUGAAGCAGAAGGGUAAUCAUGAGUCAGAGUUGAAGCCCCUGGCUCAAACCCAUGCGACCAAGCACAAAAUCCCUGUCAAAUAUCUGGAGUUCAUUUCUGAAGUCAUUAUCAAGGUCAUUGCUGAAAAACACUCUGCAGACUUUGGGGCUGAUUCCCAGGCUGCGAUGAAGAAGGCCCUGGAGCUGUUCCGAAAUGAUAUGGCCAGCAAGUACAAGGAGUUCGGUUUCCAGGGUUAGCACGUACGCACAGAGGGACACGAUGAUGGAGGCCUGCCCAUGCAUCUUAGAGUAGCUUCCCCAGCACUGUUUUGGACAUCUCACAAUUGGCCAUCCAAGAUGUGUGGGAAAGCUUUGAUGAGAGGCCAAGAGUCACUCCAGGCAGCGCAGAGGCACUCAGAGUGAUAUCCGUGAUAAACCAUUGUUUCCUGGCUUCAUAUAUAAAAGAGAAAUAAUCUGCUUUCUUAGGA